AUGGAUGCGCAACCUACCAACCAGGGCACAGUGACCAAAUCAGCACCCGAUCAACAGGGUGGACCCCAAAAUCACAAUCCACUCCCAGUCUCUACCGUGUCCCUGGAGGAGGAGGAGACGGUGCCGCAGUCACACAAUGUCAAAAGGUCAAACAAAAGGGUCAAAGGGGUCAAACAGAGCGAAAAGGCACCUGCCAUAACAAACCAAGGAGAACACAGGUCCAAAGGGCACGUUGUAGAGGGGACAGAACAUCUCUAUCGCACUCACAUUUGUUCCGAGUGCCGACGUUGCUUUAAAACGCGCUCUCACCUGCUGGAGCACAUGCACCUGCACUUCCCUGACCCCAACCUGCAGUGCCCGACCUGUAAGCACUACUUCACCAGCAAGAGCAAGCUGCGUGUGCACAUGCUCAGAGAGUCCGGCCAGAAGCUGCACCGAUGCCACCUGUGCCAGUACGGAGCGGUCGAACGCAACUCCCUCCACCGACACCUCGCCAGCGUUCACGGCCAAGCCGAAGACCCGGGCCGCUCCUCGGAAACGUAUCCCUGUCCGGCGUGUCAGAAGAGCUUCUGUCGGAGUCAGGCGCUGAAAGCCCAUAUGAAGACCCAUUGCACGACGUGGAACGGACAGCCCCUGCGCUGCUUUCGCGAAGGCUGCUCUUUCCAGUGCACUGACAAGAAAGAGCUCCAGAAACACGCGACGGACGCCCACGGGAUCCAAGCCGUGGAGUGUCGGCAUCACGCCUGCUCUGCUUUCUUUGGGAGCCGCGACGACAUGGAGGUCCAUUUCCGCACCCAUCAGGCUUUCCACUGUCCGCAGUGCGACUUCUCCUGUUCGAACAAGAGCCGCUUCCUGCAGCACAAGAGACAGGGUCAUCCAGGGGAGCAGGAACUGACCUGUGGCUUUUGCCCUUUCACCACCUUCAACCCGGUCGAAUUCGAACAACACCAAGGGCAUUUCCAUGCCAACGAGAAGAUUCAUCGCUGCCAGCAAUGCAGCUUUGUCACUGCGCACAAGAGAGUGCUUGUUCGCCACAUGCUGAUGCAUACCGGUGAGAAGCCCCACAAGUGUGAGGUGUGUGACUUCAGAUGUCGUGAUGAGACUUAUCUCUCCAAGCACAUGCUCACGCACUCUGAUAACAAGAACUACAUGUGUUCAGAAUGUGGCUACGUGACCAAAUGGAAGCAUUAUCUGAACGUCCACAUGCGUAAACACGUGGGUGACCUCAGGUACAAAUGUGACCAUUGUCCUUACCGGUGUCAUCGCAUCGAUCAGCUGAACAGCCACAAGCUCCGUCACCAGGCGAAGUCGUUGAUAUGCGAGGUGUGCGCCUACUCAUGUAAGCGCAAGAGCGAGUUACGAAAGCACAUGCAAGUCAAGCACUCCUCAGCAGAGGAAACCCAGGUCCCUGUGUACCAGUGCAAAUACUGCUCUUACCAGACAAAGUACAGGCAAGCCCUGCAUAACCACGAAAACUGCAAACACACCAGGACCCGCGAGUUCCGCUGUGCGCUCUGUUCAUACACCACGUUUAGCAACACGGGCCUCUUCCUGCAUAAGAGGAAGGUCCAUGGCUACAUGCCAGGAGAUGUGCAGUGGCUGGAGAACUAUGCAGAAAAAGAGAGAGAGAAGAAGACGGUUGAUCUGAUUCAAGGUUUUUACUCCAAAGCUGCGGCACCAACUCAGCAGGGAAAUUCAGCCGAGGAGCACGCGAGAAACCAAGAGGAUUCUGAAAACAAUACGAAUGACGCUUGUCAAAAUGUGAUGCCAAGCGACCGUGAGGUCAGUUUGACAGCCUCUCAAGUACAGGGUCACUGUGAACAGCCCUCAUCAAACACGUCAGGACCCGGAAGGACGGUUUUGGAAGACCAAGUCGACUCCGAUUCUGUUUUACAAGGAGAUACUGGCAAAAUCCCAGAUAGCCGCCAAGCUGACCACGAUCAGGAACAAUGUUGUACUUUAGUUUUAACACCCAUAACAAACACUGAAGGUACAGAGUGUGCAUCUAGGCAAAGUGAGACCCCAGCUUUGGAUGUGACCAUUAGUGAUCCCGUGAGGCCCGAAACCGCGCGAGACAUCCCACAAACCCACGCGGAGUCAGUGAGUGAAGAAGAUGACGUCGUCCUAAUGGAAUCUGAGGAACAAAGUGAUUCGGAAGAGCAGACAAGUCUGUCUAGUUCUGCGGUUAGAGAGAGGCAAGAGAGUGCAGAGGGUGACAGGCCUGUGGAGCUCUCUCCCAGGGAGACCACAGCCAAAGUCCCAGAACCAGAGGCUCUGCUCAGCAUCAUGCGGAGACAAGACAAAGACCAGGCGGAGGCUUUAGUGCUGGAAGGGAGGGUGCAGAUGCUGGUCGUUCAGACCCAGGCCAGUGUUUACCAGUGUGAGCACUGUUCUUACGUCACCAGCAAGCACGCCGCCCUGCGAUUGCACAAGUCGUCCUGCAAGGUCAGGAGGGCAGGCCUGUGCUGCCAGAGGUGUGGUGCGAAGUUUAAGCAGCAGCGUGGUUUGGACACUCACUGCCUCAGAAAGUGUCCCGCGCUGAGAAGAAACAGGAGGUUCUCACGGCUAACCACCGCAAGGACAGUUAUGGACCAGACAGAAUUACAGUCGCAACCAACUGGACAGGAGGCAAGUGUGUGUCGAGGACCCGAUGGAUGCUCUGUUACUGUUAUGGAACAAACGGAAUCCGACGCCAUGGGAACGAGAGCCGGGGCCCAAAGCGCCAAAGAUGUCGUGCGAUACAAGACCAGCGAGACGACAAAUCUUAAACAAGGGGAAGGUAAACACAUCUGCAAGACGUGUUCUUUUUCAACGUGCAGAGAAAUCACCAUGGAGCGCCACCGUGCAACCUGUGGCAAAAGCGCUCGUAAAACAAAAGCUGAUGAAAUUGAGGAUGUUUUAGAACUCGAAGACGCCGAUCGUGAGCAAAGAGAGGAUGGUGAUGGGAACAGCAGCAGGGAUACAGAGAUUACAAAGAGGUCAAAAAAUACCAAACAACGAUUUUCUUGUGCAGACUGCUCUUUUUCGUGUCACCAGGAGAGGGCGCUAGACAGUCAUAAGAGGAGGGGUUGUCUGAAGCCUGGGGAGAUCCAGUGUCAGAACUGUUCUUUUGUUGCCAAAUCCCAGCAGGCCCUUGACCACCACACUGCUGUUCACAAGAAAGAGAAAAACUCAGUGUCGCCGAGAAGUAAAAAACCCAGACUGCAGUGUCAGCUGUGCAGCUUCACUUGCAAACAGGAACGUCGCAUGACGCAGCACGUUUCCGUGAAGCAUGAGGGCGUCAGACCUCAUCGCUGUCGCUUCUGUGCGUUCAGCACCACACGCAAACAUCGACUCAACGCUCACGAGUCCAUGCACACGGGCGUUGGUCGUCACAGCUGCACGCUCUGUGACCAGACCUUCAGCACUGCAUCUAAGCUUCGACUGCACCGCCAACGCGUUCACGACAGGCAGCCCACCCACUUCUGCUCCCUCUGCGACUACAGCGGCUACGGCCCCAGUGACAUCAACCGCCACACCCUCAGCUGCCACACGGGGGCGCUCAGUCACCCCUGUGACCAGUGUGAGGCGCAGUUCAGCUCUGACAUGGCGCUGAAACAGCACUGCAACAGGAAGCACCAGGGGUCCAGCAGCUUGUCCUGUGCCCACUGUGACUUCACCUGCCUCAGCAAGGCUUCGCUCAAAGUCCACCAACAACACCAACACACCCAGUUAGCACAGGAGGGCAGCGACACGCGGGGGGGUCCGAGGGAGCGUCGUAAACCCCCCCAUGUUUACCAGUGUCCUGUCUGCCUGUUCACCGCUCACAAGAGACAUAUGCUGGCCCAGCACGUGUUGGACGAGCACGAACAGUGCCCCCUAGAGGAGAAACCCCUGAAGUGCGACGUCUGUGGCUUCUCCUGCCGGCACCAGCUGGUGUUUGACCAGCACAUCCGUUCUCACGGAGGCACACGCCUCUAUAAGUGCACGGAGUGUGAGUACUCCACCCGCAACAAGCAAAAGAUCACCUGGCACACCCGCAUCCAUACGGGGGAGAAGCCGUACCACUGCGAAAAGUGCAGCUACUCCUGCGCAGAGCCAUCGCGCCUGAAGUAUCACAUGAGAAUUCAUGAGGAAGAACGGAAAUAUCUCUGCCCGGAAUGCGGCUACAAAUGCAAAUGGAUGAGCCAGUUGAAGUAUCACAUGACUAGACAUACAGGAGCCAAACCGUACGCGUGUGAGGAGUGCGAGUACCGCACCAACCGCGCGGACGCCCUCCGCAUCCACAGAGAAACGCGUCACUGCGACGAGCGUUCCUUCAUCUGCGAGAAGUGCGGCAAGGCGUUCAAGACGCGCUACCUGCUCAGGACGCACCAGAGGAAGCACAGCGAGGAGCGUUCCUACGUGUGCCCCGAGUGCCCCAGGACCUUCCGCUGGCCCGCGGGCCUCCGACACCAUUACCUCUCCCACAGCAAACAGCUGCCCUUCCGCUGUCUGCACUGCCCUUACAGGGCCAAGCAGAACUUCCAGGUCGUCAGGCACAUUAAGAGGCAGCAUCCAGACCAGCCCCCGCAGGACAGCGUGGGAAAAGACCCAGGCCUCCCGAAGCUCCAUCUGCAGAGGGGUCUUCUCCGAGCGCAGCAGAACGGAGAGGGGGAGAGGCAAGACGCGGAGGGCGCGGCCCACCAGAGUGGAGGGGUUUAG